AUCGAAUCUUUUAAUAUAGUCCGGAAGAGGGCACUCUGCUCAUAAUGGCUCCUAAUUCGUCAGAUCUAGCGGCCUUGCGUGCUAUUACUUUCCGUCUUUCUUCAACUCCAACCCUACAACUGCCUCAACAUGUUCCUGCGAUUGCCACCUCUUUGGCUAGUUGCAGGUCAUUACUAGCAACAAGCCAGUCUUCAGGAUCCAAAUCUGCCCCCGAAACAUCCGUAGCAGUUCACAAAUACAGAACUUUGGUAUCAACCCUUCUCCAGGACCGUUCGAUCCAAGGAAGAUGGGCCGCCGUCGUGCUCGUUAAAGCCACUGUUGAGCUUGGUGGAUGGGAAACCCUCCAAAGGAGCCUGCCAUGGGUUCGUGGGCUUUUGGGUAUUCUGACCAAACCGGACCCUCCAUCCUCAAAGAAAUUGUGUAUUAUCGCCCUAACGCGGAUCUUCGUUCUUACGCGGGAGUAUCCAACGCUGGCUCGAGAAAUCACAACACCUUCUCUCCCAACAUUCAUUCAGACUUGUUUGCAGAUGGCGUCUUCAAAAGCUUCGACUAGCCUUCUACAGGUGAUACUGGAAAGCUUCAAUCAGCUGCUCCCUCGCCAUCCUACUAUAUUCCGUUCCUAUCUCAAACAACUAAAGCAUCUUCUUAGUCAGAUCAUUGCGCCAACCCCGUCGAACAAAUUCGGACGAGAGGAACUUGGGGGACUGCAAGCACUAUUGUCAUUUGAAGUUUCUGAGAGCUCGCGGCGACUAUUUGCCCAACUCCCCGGUUCUGCGCCGAAAGGUGCCUCUAGCGAAGAAUGGGAGGCCACACUAGCAAACUCUAUAACCAAAGCCCACCGAACAGCCGACAAAGUAUUUCGGGCCGUGGUCGAAGAUUGGCAACCUCCCUCUGGAACCUUUGCAAGUGUAAACGAUCACACCAUGGAAGACGAGGUUCAGGACCGAGAACUAUCCGACCCCUCUCUUCCACCGUGGUCUGGAAUCUAUGCCGGAGGCGAAAGGAUGAUCGGGCUUCUGCGCCUAGUCAAAGAAUUCCUAGCAACACCCACUCCAAACUCCGUCACUCUUCGCGCCGCGCUUGUUUUGGACCUGCUUACAAGGAUCUUUUCACUCACAGUUCCCUGCUCAGGAGUUUCCAAGGACACUCAAUCUGGCCCAAGAUUCAAUAACCAAGUCACCCAAGCCGAGCGCGAAAAUCUUUGGGCUAUCUUGCCGCAGAUCCAUGUUGCCGCAAUGGAGGUCUUGCUUGCCUUAGCAAACCGGGUAGAAGAAAUUGUAUCCAGCUUGGACAGUGUUAUUGUAGACCAGUUGACAUGGGUGUUUGUCGCGGAAAAGCAGAAUCUACAAAUUCGGACCGCCUCUUAUUCAGUCGUGGCGCAAAUUCUUAGACGAUCAGGAAAGGCUCUCCCCAAAUCCACGGUUGACCAGCUCGCAAAUCUCAUACGUACUUGUUGCGAUGACCUUCUCCUUCAAACUCAAACCGAUACGGUGGCAACGCCAUCGCCAGCUCAGAAUAGAGCAAACGGAAGUAACCAAUCACAGUCAUCAACGAAUGCUGAUGCGUUUCUGAACACUUCUUCCAAUCCAAAGGAACCAAAUGCAAUCUUUGGAGGGCUGGAAGAGGCUGCACAUAGUCUCCUACCAAUGCUUUUUACCAAUUUACCUGCACAGCACCUUUCAGACUCUCUGAGAGCCCGAAUGGAUCGCACUGCUAUCCUGGCUCAGCACAAGGACGCUAUGAUUGCAAGUGUGCUGAAUCCUCCACCAAGCAAAAAAAUUGGGAAACCAGCAGUGAGUAUACUACCCCUCAUGGCAAGAUCUUUUGCCGGUGAGAGGGAUGUGGAAGGGCUGUUGCGACCAAGAAUGCCAGUCAUUCCCACAUGUGCCAAGGAGUCAGAGGUUGAUGACGAGGAUGUUGACGGAGAGGGGAUAGAGGGUGCUGAAGAAGAAGAGGAACGAUUUGUCGGUGAAGAACUUGACACAAUAUUGGAAACGGCGGCGCAAUCUGAAGAGGCAAGUGCAGAUCAAGCCAUAGCCAAUGCUCACAGCAGGGACUGGCCACCGAGCCCUGCGGCUUCCAGAUUUAUAUCGGUAGAGGCAGACGGCGGCCAGGAGACUUCUAUUAUACCUAUUCAAGGCUCUAAUGACAAUAAGAAAAGGGCGCAGGCUGAAGAUGAUCAUGAGUCGCCAGUAAAGCGGAUGAAAGUAGAUGGCGAUGAAGAGUUUGUUCUCACUACUCACCUGGCGAUAACACCCACCGCCACAAUGCCCACAGACACCGAGGAGUCUUACCGGAAAGCAACUGUGCCAGACAUUGUCCCAGGUGCUCCUCCUCCAGCAGCACUUCCACAGCCCCCAGCCACAGUCGUGGAGGACGACGAUGACAACGAUGAUUUUGGAGAAUUAGUUCUUGGGCAAGACACCGAUGAAGAAUCAGAACAACAGUAAAUAACGCGGGCACAAGAGCUAUCUAAAAGAGCUAUGCAAUUCUACAAUUUAGAAGUGGUCAACUUGUGAUACCCCGCGCCUCUUGACCACGCUCUCAGGAGAGGAAGUGAAAGCGUGUCGUACUAGGAGUGAAAGCACGGAGAUCGCCCCUCGUUAUCACCGCCAACAAAUGACUUCGCCCUGCGGCUAAAAUGUCUCUCUCCCACCAAUUAUCCACUUCAUAUCUUUGCAUUCCUAAGAUCAUGUCUUCGGAGUUCAACCUCCAGAUUCCAAAGUCUCGACACGUGAAGGCCGCACUCGUCUCUCCUGGUCGUGUCCGCGAUGCGGUCAAGGUUAUCGAGGCGAAAACUGAUACCCAAUCCGUCGCUACCCCAGAGUCUUAAAGAAAUACUUCCUACUGCACACACAUGCAGAAUCGGCAUAGUUGCUGAGAUUACUGGAAGCGUGUCCACUGCUGUCAAACGCAAGCACUCUACUGCUCUAGACAACA